AUUCUCUACCGUCCUUUAUUGGAACCGUCAGUGUAUACAGUUUUCUUUAUGUUAGAUGGUCGUAAAAUUUUUGUUGCAUGUUUUUGCAAAUUAAAAGAAAUUUGGUCACUUAAGAGACAAUUGAAACAAAGUGGUAAACUUGAAUAUUUUGAUAUGAUUGUGCAGACGUGACAUUAAAUGUGAACCCAUAGUAGAUUUGUGUCGGAACAGUCGAAGAAGAAAAAAAUACUACAAACGAAAGUUGAUAUCAAAAAUUGAAGAAGAAAGUGGUCAUGUUUUUUUCUCACUCAUCAAUAAAAUGAGUUUGGUUGAUUGAACGAAAUCUACUCAUCCAACAGAAUGCAACCAUUUCCAUUCUACAUUUGCAUAUGACAACAUAUCAUUGAACGGUUAAACACAAUUACCCACUGAAAAUGGUUGAAUCCGGUGAACCAGCAGUUUUCCAUCCAUCCACAAAUCAAGUGAUAUCACGGCCGAAUAGCUUACUCGGUCCGGAAAAGGAGCCGGUUAAUUUUAGCAUAAAUUUAAUCGAUGCUCCGCCUGAAGUUGAACAACUCGUUGACCAUAUCAAAUCCGUAGCCGAACAAUUUCUGUACCAUUGGAAAACAUUUCCAAUAAUUCUUCCCCAUCCAUUGUCCGGAUCGACGGGCAAUGGGACGAAUACAAGCAGAAGAUAUCGACCGAUAAAUCUGAGGGAUUUAUUUAUCGCUCCACCAUUCGACGAACUUGAUGUGGUGGCUAUGGACGGAUCCGGUGAACCGAGACGACUGACAAAUACACAAUUGAAAUCGUUGCGGGAAAAGGGCUUGCAAAAGGACAAGUUUGGCAAACCAAAAAAAUUAAGUUUGGCUCAAUUGGAAAGCAUACGAUUAACGGGGGAAUUCGAUGUGCCCAGUUUGAAUUUUCCCGGUCAAGUACACAAGUGGCUGUUGUCUCAAUUUCUCCAGAAGGGAAGACUACGUGCACACACAUCGCUGCUGAACGAUUUAGCAUUAGCUGCUCGAUUUAUCAUUGUCACAGCGAAAGCUCGAUUGUCCGGUCACUUCUUUUCCGUAGCUCAUGCCGCUAAUGCUUUGUUGAAGGGACUGUUACGCCUGGUUGAUAUGGUGAUUGGAGUACCGUCACUGUUGGCUCAUAAUUUGGAAUACAAAAUUAAAGAGGAGCGAUGUCGUUACUUGGUUGCGGAGUUAGUAUGCCGUCCGGAAUAUGAGGAUUGUAUGGACUCCUUAUGUUCCUACGUUAGACGUCAAUUGCGUAGAGCUACAAUGGAGAAAUUUGAUGUUGAAUGUGAAUCGAACCAGCCCGUUCCAUAUGUUUUUCUAACACCGAAAGGACAGGAAAUCGAUUUGAGACUAUUUUCGCGCGAUAUUAUGCGGAAGGCAUUGCCAAUAUUGAUCGGAAUAUUGGAACGGGAAACUAGGGGAUGGUUUUUGCACUUCCGAGAGAGACUUAUUGCUGAAUUGCGCGAAAAGAAAAUGACGGACAGUGAGAUUGAAGAGGAAGUGAAUGAUGCCGUCAUGCGGGAGUACUUGCAACGGGUUUACAGCUCCAUUUUGAAUCACACUGAAUUAGCAGAUCUAGGGGAGAAUAUUCCCCAACUACUCGUGCAACAAGCUCAGUCAGUAGUCAUAAUGCACAGGGCCGUUGAAAAGACACAAAAGGAAUUGAAAAAGACGCGUCACGAGAACCAGAAAUAUUUAAUGAACGACUAUCCCGUACUAUCAAAAGUGUCGCCUUGGCUACGAUCAAAAUUACGAGCAGCUGAAUCAUCGAAAAUCUCCAAGUCGACAUGGGCAGCUCACGAGGAAGCGAUCAAAAUGUGUGGUAAACAUAAUCUCCAGCAGACUGCCUACUUCUUGAACCGUGACCUGGCGUUUAUGAGAGAACGUGAACCAGUUCUGCUGAAGGAAUUGCGUAAUGCCAAAACGCCAACGCGCAGUUUUCAGUGGUCGUGCCGCAUUUGGUCGCCGAGUUCUUGGAUAAUUAAGCGAAAUUUCCAAGGUCAAUCGGAAAUCAUACCGACAGUUAUUUGUCAGCAAGCCACUUCUAUUGUAACGCCCAGAUCAGAUCCCAGUCAGCCAGUGUUUCUUAUAGAAAAGGAAACCAUUCGUACAACAAGCACACGUUGGCCAUUAUGGCGUUUGCUGAAUCUAUUGCAACGUGUUUGGUGCUGGACAUGGAACAUGAUGUUUUUGUUGGGUUUCGUCGUACCAUGGGAUAGUCCGUUGAGCUUCCGAGCCUUGUGUUGUGUUAAGCCAUUUAUGCCAGACUUGGAAUUGUCACAAGUUAACGGGACUUUGUUCCCUCGUAAGACCAGCAUAACGCAGACGCUGGCAUCCCGUUUAAUUGCAUUGUGGCGGCACAUAUCGAAAUCACGGACACAUUUCGAAACCGAACCGGAUACUGGGUUCAUCGGGAAAGGACUAACCAGACACUUGAAUCGUAUGUGGAAUUACGUGUUUAAAGGAUUUCUGGGAACCAUCGUGCUUCUGUUCCUCUAUCCGAUUGUCUGUGUGGCAGCGUGUGCUGGCAGUAUAUUACUGGCUGUAACUGCACCAUUGUGGAUGCCGUGUGCCGCAUUGAUAUUCCAUUUGUACAUGAUGAUCGUGUACGACUUUGACAGUCCAGAUAGCUCGGAAAAUCGGUACUGUGUUGUUCUGGCCGCUGUUGUUUGGAAUAUUCUAAUCCAAGGACUUCUUCAGCCCAUUGCCGCCAUUUGUGUUGCCGCUAUUUUGUGUCCAAUUGCUUCGAUUUGUGUGUUGAUAGUUGGUCUUGCACGAUAUUGGUUACGCCUAACGUGGGACACACUGACCUUUCACCUUUUCAUAAAAAAGUGCGGUCGCAUACCAGCUAGUGAUAGUUUUGCCGUUAAACGAGUAGCUGGACCUGGACUCGCGUCUGACUAUUAUUUUAUGAUUAAACCCGAGCAAGCGUUGGCUGCGUUCGAAGCGAAAAUGGAAUUGGAUGAACUGCAAGCGUAUCAGCAUGCUACGGAAACAUCGAUUUUGCAACCACAAAAAGACUUCAGUCAAUUUGUUGAGGCUUGUUUUGGUCCGUUUUCGGCUCAGCUUUCAAAAGUGGGUCCGUACAGAUCACUGGAACGGGAAGGCAAAGAUCUGAUGAGCUCUCUGCAUGAGAAGUUAGAAAAACGAAGACGUGACUUACAAACUGGUCUGACUAGUGGCGUAAAAUCAAAAAUUAAGUUGAACACAAUGGAAUUGAAGAUUGCAAUUCAACAGGCGGCUCACUUGCUCGAGAGAUUCUAUCCCGAUCACGUUUUUGGCAGACUGUCCAUGAGCGAAGACGAAUUUUGGGACUCGAAGGGCUUACAAACUGGGGAUUGGGCUGCAUUGGCUGGACAUUUAUACGCCGACAUAUUUAGCUUAGACUUCUUGACUCCCCUGACCGACGCGGAUACUCAAUUCAAAUUAGAACCUCAUCCACAAUUAGACUUACUGCGUUACACUGAAAUGGUACAAAAUGCUAGUGACACGAUGGGAGUGAAUGGACCAGAUUUGCUAGGGAAUGUCUAUGCGCCACGUGGAAAUAUCCAGGUCAACUCGCCAUAUUUGGAAAUAUCGGCAUUCAAUCCGAGAUCGAAGAUCACGUUAAACUUUCGAAAAACGGAGAAGCGCGCUGACACAAAAACUGGAUUGACUACACCCAGGGUACUUGCUCAUCGAUCUCUGACACAAUCACAAAAGACAAUGUCGUGGCGACCAUGGAAACGAAAACCAACCGAUCGUGUAUCAAAUGGAAAAUUAAUGAUACCGCUACCCAUACCGCAUCCGGUGCACAUUGCCAUUGCCAUUCACAAUCGAGACACCGAGCAACCCAUUCCGUUAGAUUCGGAACUGUGCUGGGACAUCCUUAGAGCUAUUGAAGACUGUCACGGCGACGUAGAACCCGCAAACAUUGUAUCACGAUAUCGUGGCGGAGCGGCUGAGUCCAGUUUAGAUUCGUUGGACUCAACAUCGAACGAAUCACAAUCGCAGAGUUCGAGCGGAACUCGGGGCAGCAUCGAGGAAGUGGCUAACGGUACGGAAACAUUACCGUGCGGUAACCGUGAGGUGAGCACAACGGUUUCGCAAUCCAACCAAGAGCAAACGCCGGGCUUCCACUGGACGCUGAGCAAUCUGCAAACGGCACGUCGUAACAAUACCGGUGCGGUUAGAGUGGACUUGGCCAGUCCGGAGGAUAUCUCGCUCGAUACGGACAGUUCGAGAGUAGUUUUUAGUGCAUACGGUACGACGGUAUAGAUUUACGAUGUUAACUUUUUAUUGGUUCGAUUAAUUUUUCUAAUCGCAGCAUCACAAAAAAGUGAAAUUUUUACAACAAAUCAGAACAAAAAGAAAAUGAAUCGAAAAUGAAUUUCGAAUUAAAAUAAAAUCCUUUCUAGUCGUUGGGUAGAGUGUAGGGAAUUUUUAAUAUAUUUGAACCCCCCCGUAAUUUUAAGUGUGUAACUGAUGGAAACAUAUAACAUGGAAACAUAACAUAAAAUAAGUAUAAAUGACAGAGUGAUUAUUUACGUGUUGGUUGUUUAGUGAUGCUUUAUUCAAUUGUUAGAUUUUAGUGUAAAGUGGAUUUAUAUGCCAACGCACCAGUUGCGUUAAUAAUACCGAAGUAUAUAGAGUGCGUUACAUGCGCAAUCAAUUUAAUCGAAUUUUUCAGAGAAUUUUCUUGAAGUAAUUCACAGCAGCAUGGAAUUAUCGAUUGUAGAGCUUAACAAAAUAAAAUUGCUUUGAACGAAUGUAAUGAAACGGUAACUAUAUAAUGGAAGUGAACACUUUUGCAAUGUUUUAGUUGUAAAAAUGUUUGGAAAACUUGAAAAAAUCGAAAGAGAAGUUAUAAUCGAAUGUCGAAUUGCAAUAAACACCUCAGAUAGAGCAAGACAGCGAGGAAAGCGAACCCUUUUUGAUUCGUCGGUUUGUUUGUUUCUUUAUAGAUAAUCAUACCCUGAGCUGGCUUCUGAUCAAGUUGAUUCAGCGGUACUUGAUUGUAGUAGGUACAGCACCGAAUUCGAAGUCGUGAAAACGAUCUGUUCUACAGCUUCAGUUUCCUUUUAAGAACUGUGGUAAGGAAAGAUUUCUACAAAUCAAGUCACUUUCGAAAUCAUUUCAGUUGUGCUACCACUGACCAAUUCCACCCAAAGUAGUUUCUCAUCCAGGGCUUAUUGUUCGGAUUUUUUUUGGAAU